AUGCAACAGGCAUGUCAAACUCAAAGAAUCGAGACCCACACAACAGAAAAUGGUUUUAUUGGAGUUGACCAUUAUAAAAACCACAUGUAUUAUCCAGUUUCUUAUGUUAUGGUCAAUGACGAUGUUCAAGAACAAGAACAUCAUCAUCAUCAUACUUUUUCUCAAAUGUUGAUGAGCUGUCGUCCACCUCCUCCACCGACACCAGAACCGUCAUCUCUACAACCUUUGAUGUCAUCUUCACCACCUCUGCCAGACUCUUACUAUGUUCACCAGCCAUUUACUCCCAUGAUGCAGCAACCACAGCAGCCAUCACUUUUAUCAUCAUCACAAGAAUCAUUACUAACAGUUGGCUGCAAUACCAUUCAACAACAUAUCCAGCAACGUAUAAAUGAUAACGACUGCAAUGAAAGAAACUCCACCAGGAUGAUAAAAAAUGAUUUAUCUUCAUCAUGUUUUCGUCGAUUACAUCUAGGAGAAAGAACUAUUGACAACAGUAUGAAUUCAACGGUCAUUUUMGAUAAAAACACACAACGACGGACAUCAAAUAACAAUAAUAGAUUAUUAGAACAAGCAAAUGAAAUCAAAACAAAGUUUGAGAUUACACUGGAUGACGAUAAGGUAGUAAAUGUGUGCAAACGGACUAUAUUGGCUGCCAUAAAUAAAAUUAUAGUUGACAAUUAUGAAUCUGCUUUGUACAAAUUACGUAAGACUAUUAGAAUAUUGGACAUAUUGAUAUUUAAUGAAGGUGUCAGUGGGAUUGGAAUUGCCAAAAUCGAUACUGUUAGGCCAUGGUUGGAAACAUUGAAAGAUAUGGAACGAAAAUGUAUUCAAAAUCAACAGGACCAACAUAAUAUUAAUGGAGACCAUGGUCCUAAUCAGUUAGAAGAUGGUUCCAUAACAAGAACAGAAGACAACUUUCACAAGCAACUAAGACAACUUUCCAGUAAUAAAAGUGGUAAAAAUAAUACCAUUAAUAAUGAAAGCAGUAAAAGUUUAUAUCAUUUUUGGUGGAAGUCUAACUUGAGGCGUUACCGGACUACAGGUAAGUUUAUUGUAGAGCAACGCCGGUGUAAAACCAUCCGUCGUCGACACCAAAGAAACAAACAGUAUUCAUAA